UAAAGGUUAAGAUUCGAUCGAGAGUAAUGGCCAUGAAAAUGGAUCUGAAGAUGAUCAUCGUGUGCUCGGUCGUCGGCUCUCUCGGGGUGCUGAGUGCCAUCCUGGGGUUCUCUGCCGAGGGCACCAAGCUCACUAUUUUGGACGUGUACGAGGGUAUCGGGGUGUGCCUGAAACCGCAGAACCCCGCGUUCGGGCUCGGGGUGUGCGCGGCCAUCUUCCUGGCCAUAGCCCAGAUCAUCUUCGCGGCCCUCGGCGGCUGCUGCGGCUGCUGCAAGCCCCGCGCCAUCCCCUCCCAGAGCAAACGGGUCAUCGGCGUCAUCUGCGCCGUCUUCUCAUGGAUUGUGGCGGCGGUCGCCUUUGGGAUGCUGGUGGCAGAAGCGGCCGCGAACGCCCCCGGGACGCGUGAAACGUCAGCGUCCGGCUAUUGCUACAUCCCCCUAGACGGCAUCUUCGCCGGCGGCGCCGCGCUCACGCUCGUCGCCACGGCCCUCGGGAUCACCUCCUACGUCAUGCUCCGCACGCAGCCUGCCACUGUUGCCGAGACCGCCGCGCCCAAGGAAGGCGAGCAGGUGCCGGCGGGCGCCGCCGAGAUCUCGACGGGGCAGCCGCAGUUCCCGCCGCAGCCUCCCCAGGGGCAGGCGCCGCCCGCGCCGCCGAGCUACCUGCAGUACUCUGCACCGCCCCAGGGGCAGCCGUACGACCAAGCGCCCUACCCGCCUCCUCCGGCACAGGGCUAUGGAGCGCACGCACCCAACCAGCAGCAACAGUUUCCCCCUCCUCCCGCAGAAGGCUACGGAGCGCACGCGCCAAACCAGCAGCAACCCCCUCCUCCUAAAGGACACGAACAGCAAUAAUGCUAGAGUUACGGACGAUCAUGGGCGUUUUACGCCCCCUGAUUUUCAGGAGGGUGUGAGGCCUUCCCCUCCUAAUCUGCAAUUCUACUGGUCCACCUCAUCUAGCCCGUGAACCCGGUAUUAAAACACCCCGUUGAUGUAACACGCGCCGUCUGAUCAACCAUGCACCGUGUGAAUCGUGCGUCCGUGUUAUAUCCCUUUCGAUCGUUUUUUUUUGCAUGUAACAUCCGUCUUACUCUCUAUCUCUAUGUAUACCUUGUAUUGUUUUUUUUUCCU